AUGGAAUGCGGUGACACUUCUCUCUAUCGUGAAUUAAAUAAAGCAUUACGAUCGGAAAAUCGAAAAGCACUAAAGAUAUGGUUUCCAUAUUUAAAAUUAUUUGAUACGGCUUCGGAUAAGUUACCAACUGUGAAACAGGUUGUAUGGAGAGAUGUACCACUUGAUAUUGGUAAGAGCCUCAGCAAAAAUCAAACUGUGACAUGGUGCAGUAUUAGUUCGUGUUCGUCAUCAGUCAGCGUUAUUGAAAGUUUCCUUGAAAAAGAAAAAAGUUCAACUCUUUUUCUCAUUGAAGCAAUUAAUGGAAAAAAUGUUGCUGGUUAUACUGCGUAUGAAAAUGAAGACGAAAUUAUUUUACGAAUAGGUACUGAAUUUCAUGUAAAAUAUAACACAUUAAACCAUCCAAAUGGUUCACAUGUCGUACACUUAGUUGAAAUUGAUGAAAAGAAUGACCAAACAUCAAAUGAGGAUACCUCGAUAUUGGCUUCUAUUGAUCGAGCUCUGAUUACUUCAUCAAACGCUCGUACACGACAAAGAAGUACUCUUCGUAUGGCUUAUACAUGUGUUGUUUGUGGAACCAUAUUUUGGGCAUUGUUUCAUUCUCAUGAAUUAUUUUUAACAAAUAUUAUACAAACUCUUCCUAAUUUUUUUCUUUGUUAUUUUGACCAAGGUGUUUAUCGUACUUUCCUUAGUUACUAUUUACUUAUCAAAGAACUUUUGGUACUUGUAUUACUUACAGUAUGCGGAUUAUGGUCAAUAAAGAAUAUUCAGCGUAGUGCACGUCGUAUUGGAGGUACUACUGGUGCACCUCCAAACUCUGGAUAUGACAUUGAUCCCUCAAGAUUCAAUCUAAUUCUAUGUCGUUCACGUCUUGAUGCAAUCGUUUUAUUCAAUUGUUUAAGUGCAUUUUAUUUAAUUUUGGCUUCAAUCGAUCAAAUUUUGGUCACUUCACGCAAUGCUCGUACUCGCCAACGAAGUACUCAACGUUUGGUUUAUACAUGUAUUAUUGGUGGAACAUUAUUUUGGUCAUUAUUUCAUAUUCAUGCGUUAAUUUGUUCGACUCCUCAACAAAUUAGUCCUAAUACUUAUCUUUGUUAUUAUCAACCAGGUUUUCAUGUUGCUUUUGUAUGUUCCUAUGCUCUUAUCAAAGAACCUUCGUCACUUUUAUUAAUGGUAAUAUGCGGAUUAUGGGCAAAAAAGAAUAUCCGAAGUACCACACGUCGCGUUGGAGUUGCUGUUGAUGUGUCAGUAACUAAAACUGAUGGAGCAAGUACUGAAAAUUCUGCAGCUUCAAAAGAUCGACAAAUGGUUUUAAUGUUACUGGUAGAUAUUUAA